GAUAAUAAUAAUCCACUAUCCUGCUAAAAACCUUGUAUGGGUUUAAAAUAAAAUUUGAUGUAAUGUUCAAGAUUCCAAAUUUAGGGUAUAAAUAUGACUCCUCCAGUGUUAGUGUUUGUAGUGCCAGGAGUAUUGUUCUUCUUGAUUCAGAUGUUACUUUGUAGGGCAUACCACUUCCAUGUGACAAUGGCUGUGAAGAAGAGCGGCCCUGUGAAAUCUACAAGGAGAGCCAAUCCCAAGCCAAGGCGAGCCUGUGAAGAUCAUUUGGCAGAUGAUCAUUCUGAACAUGAAGGUUCAUGUCCAGGGGAAAACUCUGCCUCUGUUACUGAGCUCUCCUCUACUCCGAGUGCAGAUAAUUGGGAGGAUAGACUUAAGACCAGAAGAAAGUCUGUAUUUGCUGAAAGUUAUGACCCGGCCUCAGACAAAGAUUAUAAACAGAUAGUCCACCCCAAAACACCAGAAGAGAAGCAAUGGUUAUUGGACAAUUUGGCAGACAUAACGCUCUUCCAGCAUUUAGCAACAGACCAAAUAAUAACAGUCGUGGAUGCUAUGUACAAACAUCCCGUGAAAGACGGAGACGUAAUAAUGAAACAAGGUGACAAGGGCAACAUAUUUUAUAUGAUUCAGUCCGGAGUGUACAAGGUGCUGGUGACAGAUCUGAAAGGCAGAGAGAAGCUGAUGCACACGUAUCACCACAAGGGUAGUUUUGGUGAGCUAGCGCUGCUGUACAACCAGCCCAGAGCAGCAACCAUCCUAGCGGCCACUGACGGGGUCUUGUGGGCCGUGGACGGACAGACGUUCAGGCGGAUCGUACACAAGAUCACUUACGAGAAGAGACUCAUGUACGAGAGCCUCAUCAACAACGUGCCACUGCUCAAAACGCUUGAGCCAUUUGAAUGUUCUAACUUGGUUGAUGCCCUGACUCCAAAGACUUUUCGAGAUAACGAUGAGAUUAUAAAACAAGGAGAACAAGCCGAUGGAAUGUAUUUUGUCAUAUCUGGAACUGUUAGGCUGGUGGUGAAGUAUGACAAUGGCACUGAUGCUCUUCUUAAAGUUUUGAGUGGAGGUGACUACUUUGGAGAACUAGGAUUAUUAACCAACAAGCCAAGGGCAGCCUCGGCAAUCUCUGUUGGUGUUUCUCAUCUGGCAUUUUUGGACCGUGAGGCAUUUGAACGCCUGUUGGGUCCUUGUAUGGCCGUUAUGCGAAGGAACAUAUGUGACUACCAACAAGAGAUGGAAGAACUAAUCCGUCACAGCCACAUGUGAAUACUACAAAGUUGGAUAAAAUACUACAUCUCUUUAACCAUAGACACUACAACUGUUUUACAGUAUAAUCUUAGUAAUAUCACAAGUUUUAAAAUUACUUGUGUAAAAGUUAUUUAAAUUGUGGAAAUAAAAACAACCUAUACUGCUUGA